UCCCCAGUGCCGGCUGUGCUGUGACUGUGGGUCUUUGUCCUUGCUGCGACGUGACUCAUUGGCUUUCCGGUGCUGCUGAGGUCGAGAUGACCCAAAAGCCCCGCCUCCUCUGACCGCUGAUUGGCUGAUCGCAAGGGUCUUAAGAUAAACACCAGAAGAAACGAGUUCACAUCUAGCGAUGCGGUGGUGCCUUCGUGCACGAGUUAACUCGCUGUAUUGGAUGGCGAGGUAGACGGAUUUUUAAUCUAAAAACAAGGGAUUGACUUUUUUUUCUUUUUGCGUUAUCAAAGUGUAAAAUGCGCGGCCGUGUGACAGUCCAGGCCGUGGAGCUGCUGGGCAGCGGAGCCUCCAGGAUCAGCGUGACCAGGCUCUUUCUCUCCACAUCAGCCAAAGCAGCCGCUCCGCACUCGACCAGAGUAACAUUACAUGGCAUCGACAAAAGGUUUCGGUCCACAUCGUCCAUGUCCAGUUACACUGAGCUGGCUCGCGAGCGGUCCAAAACCGUUACGUCUUUUUACAACCAGUCUGCCAUCGACGCAUCUGCCGAGAAGCCUUCUGUCAGACUGACACCAGCCACUAUGCUGUAUGCAGGGAAGUCUCCUGAUGGACAACAUAUCCUGAUCAGUGCCAGAUAUCUACACAAAGAGCUGCCUGUACGUAUCGCCCAUCGCAUUAAGGGUUUUCGCAGCCUGCCCUUCAUUAUCGGCUGCAACCCAACCAUUCUCCAAGUGCACGAACUUUAUAUCAGGGCCUACCACAUGCUGAGCGAUUUCCAGGCUAUUACAGACCAGGAGACUGAGGCUCACUAUAGCAAACUUGUAAAACAGCUUCUUGAUGAUCACAAAGAUGUUGUCACCAUGUUAGCUGAAGGAUUCAGGGAAUGUCGUAAACACAUAAUGGAUGAGACUCUGGUUCGUAAUUUCUUGGACACAACGUUGACGUCUCGUCUGGGCAUCCGCAUGCUGGCCACACACCACAUUGCCCUGCAUGAGGAUAAUCCUGACUUUGUAGGCAUUAUAUGUCGCCGCCUGUCCCCUAAAAAGAUCAUCGAGAAGUGGGUUGAUUUUGCUCGACGGCUCUGUGAGCAUCAGUAUGGGAAUUCUCCACGGGUUCGCAUUAAUGGCCAUGUGGCGGCCCGCUUUCCCUUCAUUCCACUGCCUCUGGACUACAUCCUGCCUGAGCUGCUGAAGAACGCCAUGAGGGCCACCAUGGAGAGUCACUUGGACACUCCUUACAAUGUGCCUGAUGUUGUGGUCACAAUCGCCAACAAUGACACAGACUUUGUCAUAAGGAUCUCAGACCGUGGCGGUGGCAUUCCUCACAGCAUUCUGGACCAGGUGAUGGAUUACCACUUCAGCACAGCUGAACAGAGCGCACAGGAUCCCCGCAUGAGCAACCUUUUCAACAACAUAACCAACAGCGGCCCCCAGUCCGGACCCAUGCAUGGGUUUGGCUUUGGUCUGCCUACGUCCCGAGCGUACGCUGAAUACUUGGGAGGUUCCUUGGCCAUCCAGUCGAUGCAGGGCAUCGGCACAGACGUCUACCUGCGUCUUCGGCACAUUGAUGGCAAAGGAGAGAGCUUCAGAGUUUGAUGUCGUGGUCUAUUUGUAGAGCUUGUGGGUCAGUCACCAUGUUGAAGAUUUUAAGGCUCGAAGAGGAACCAAAGCCAGGAUGUUAAACAGUUGUCCUUUCACUCAUAUUGCCUGUCACUGCAUCAGUAUCACUGCGUUUUCUGCAGAUUAUGGGUGUCAUGCUUGGCAUUCGCACUGCGUUGUGUUUGUGUAGUGCACUGUGAUUUCUGUCAAACUCUCAGCCUUAAGAUUGCAAAGUGAUUUCAUGAUUAAAAUCCAGCGUGUUACUGUCCAUCGUCACCAGUGGGACGAGUCCUUACACUCCAGACGCUUGCAGAAGACACUCUCCAGACAGCCAUAUCCUGCUUUUCUUCAGAAAUGUGAGUGAAUUGUUUGAACUCUUUGGAGAUGCAGUGUUCACGCCAAUGGUGAAUGCAGAAAUCUUCUAUGAACUCUGAAUAGAGGUCGACUGCCUUACGAAAAAGACUCAUUCUGAAAAUGUUGUCAGUGUCCAGAUGUCAGUAGAAAUCACAGUUUUGACAUUUCACAUUAACCAUAUGAGUUUAAGAGUUUGUUGUAGAUUUCAUGCUUGAAAUGGUUUGCUAAAAAAGGCUCUUGGGGUUAUAGCACAGCGCUAAAAUAUAAAUGAUAGUUUUGUUUUGUUUUGUUUUCUCACCAGCAAACAAUGUUAUAGAGAUGUUCAUAUUUGAAUGGAUGUUUUUACACUCUGCCCACCUGCACAUUUGGUCUCUUGAUCGAUUUUGUUCAGUUCAUUUUCUAAAAGGAUGCCAACAUGUUUGAGGCUGAGAGACCAUGAGAUUUGUUUACCUGAAUUAGAAAUUUUCCCCAAAUGACAAAAGUUCUAUUGAGUUACUAAUUGAACUGCUGGAGGAGGUCACAAUACAUAGUGCAAGUAAUCUGUAACAUUUUGUCUUGUAAUGUUGUGCCUGUGUUUUCUUUUCUCUCCUUUUGAAAUGACUCAAGAAAAGGAGCCUCCUUGUGUUUUCUGCUCAUUAUCUUUUCUCAAGAGCUGCAGAUUUGUUGCCCCCUACUGGUGGAAUCUGAGUAUUAACUUUGACUUUAAACAAUAUGGACAUACUGAUGAGUUAGUGUAAUGAAUGAUGUACAGUAGGUUUUGGAUAAUUUAGAAUGACUAACAUGCACAUAUUAACAUUUUCCUUUGUUUAUAUAAAAGGCCAAACUGUGGCAUGACACACUCAAAAUGAUAUCAAGGAUGGGAUCAUUUUGUUUUUUGUUUUUUUCUUUUUGAUGUUGAGUUUGCAUUACAUAGAUGCCAAAUACACAGCUUUUUGGGCAUUAUAAAAUU